CGCCAUGCUGGCAUCCCGUCACCCAGUCUGGCUCCACCCUCCCAACAGCUCAACCAUAGCCCAGGCCUCUUCAAUGCAUCCUGGCGGAUGGUUUCUGCCCCAGGAGGUCUCCGCCCGCGUCUCGGUUAGCGCAGAAGUGGCCACGCCACUCUCAGGUUCAAAGCCUGUGCUGGGACAGAACUUAGCUUUCCCUGCGGGACGCCCCGGGACCCCUUCCUCCCUUGGCUCCUGAGGUUCCUCCGCCCACUCCUGAGGGUCCUGGGAUUCCUCGGGGCGGGGCGCGGAGUGGACGGGGCGGGACGGGCUUGGGGCCUGGAGCAGGGCAGGAACGGGGACCGGAGCUCGAGGGACGAGGUCAGGGCGAGACACCGUAGCGGGUCCGGGGGACGGAGAGGGAGAGGAGACAGGCUGCAGCGAGGGGGCUGGGCCCGGACUCCAGUCUCGGACGCGGGGGGCUGGGGGGCGUGAACAGGGAGGGGUCAGAGAGAACCCGGACAGAAUCCCGGGCCCCGAGCGGGGGUGGGCGGGCUUCGGGGCCAGGCGCGGGGCUGGGUCGAGGCGGGGCGCCCCAGACCCGCCCCGAGGAGUGUCUGCACCGCCCGCCCGGUCCCGUGACGCUGGUCAGUGGCGCGAGUCACGAGUGCCGACUGGACAGACGGCGGCAGCGACAUGGCCUCGGAGCGAGACGUGCGCGCCCGGCUGCAGCGCUCUGGCCAGGAGCACCUCCUGCGCUUCUGGGCGGAGCUGGCGCCGGAGCCGCGAGCCGCGCUGCUGGCGGAGCUGGCGCCCCUGGAGCCCGAGGCACUGCGCGAGCACUGCCGGAGGGCGGCCGAGGCCUGUGCGCGUCCCCCCGGCCCGCCGCCUGGCCUGGCCGCGCGCCUGCAGCCCCUGCCCCCCGAGCGCCUGGGCAGCGCCAGCCGCAGCGACCCCAAGACGCGGCGGCGCUGGGAGGAGGAAGGUUUCCGCCAGAUCGCCCUGAACAAGGUGGCCGUCCUGCUGCUGGCUGGCGGGCAGGGCACUCGCCUGGGCGUGACCUACCCCAAGGGCAUGUACCGCGUGGGGCUGCCCAGCCGGAAGACCCUGUACCAGCUGCAGGCGGAGCGGAUUCGGCGGGUGGAGCAGCUGGCCGGUGAGCGCCACGGGACCCGCUGCACCGUGCCCUGGUACCUCAUGACCAGCGAGUUCACGCUGGGGCCCACGGCAGAGUUCUUCAGGGAGCACGACUUCUUCCACCUGGACCCCGCCAACGUGGUCAUGUUUGAGCAGCGCCUGCUGCCUGCCGUGACCUUUGAUGGCAAAGUUAUCCUGGAGCGCAAAGACAAAGUUGCCAUGGCCCCAGACGGCAACGGGGGCCUUUACUGCGCGCUGGAGGACCACAAGAUCCUGGAGGACAUGGAGCGCCGGGGAGUGGAGUUUGUGCACGUGUACUGUGUGGACAACAUCCUGGUGCGCCUAGCAGACCCUGUCUUCAUCGGCUUCUGUGUGCUGCAGGGUGCGGACUGUGGGGCCAAGGUGGUGGAAAAGGCCUACCCCGAGGAGCCGGUGGGCGUGGUGUGCCAGGUGGACGGCGUCCCCCAGGUGGUGGAAUACAGCGAGAUCAGUCCUGAGACCGCACAGCUGCGUGCCUCCGACGGGGGCCUGCUCUACAAUGCAGGCAACAUCUGCAACCACUUCUUCACCCGAGGCUUCCUUCAGGCCGUCACCAGGGAUUUUGAGCCUUUGCUGAAGCCACACGUGGCUGUGAAGAAGGUCCCGUACGUGGAUGAGGAGGGGAAUCUGGUAAAGCCACUGAAACCGAAUGGGAUAAAGAUGGAGAAGUUUGUGUUUGAUGUGUUCCAGUUCGCUAAGAACUUUGUUGCCUUUGAAGUGUUACGGGAGGAGGAGUUUUCCCCACUGAAGAACGCAGACUUGGCUGACAGGGACAGCCCCUGUACUGCCCGCCGGGCCCUGCUCGCCCAGCACUACCGGUGGGCCCUGCAGGCCGGGGCCCGCUUCCUGGAUGCACAUGGGGCCUGGCUCCCAGAGCUUCCCUGCUCACCCCCAAAUGGAGAUCCUCCAGCCAUCUGUGAGAUAUCGCCCUUGGUGUCCUACUCUGGAGAGGGUUUAGAAGUGUAUCUGCAAGGCCGGGAGUUCCAGUCCCCGCUCAUCUUGGAUGAGGACCAGGCCAGGGAGCUGCAGCCACAGGAGCCCUGACCCUGCCAGGCCUGCCAACCCCGGGUCCUGGAGCUGGGGGCUACGGCCCUAGCCUGGGCUCUGGUGGAACAGCAGGCUGCCACAUGCUUCCAGCCUGCAGAACACAGGAUGAAACAUCCUGGUCCCCUCCACGACGGUAGGCCCUCUCCUACUGCCUCUGGACACAAGUGGUGCUGCCUGCUGGGGCUCUGUGGCUCCAUUCCCAGCUGUGGGGUCCAGCUGAGAGGCAGAGGGACUUGGGGCCUGGGAGAAUGGGGCUGAGAGAAGGCUUUGGGUUGGGGCCUGAGGGAGGUGUGGUGUCAUCUGGGAAGAACAGGAGGGCAUGUCCUUCUGGGAGCCAGCCCUGUGGGUCCCCGCACCCAGUCGAGCACUAGAAGCCACAUAAGCUAUGCUGGAUGUGCUUCUGCAGCCUACAGAUGUGGAACCAGAGCGAGGGGAUGGCUCCACCCACCCAAGGGCUGCCCCUUCUCCUCAGCAGCUGAACCAGUAAUGGGGGCAAGGCUGGGGAAUCCUGCCCACACACCCCGGUGCCCAGCAAGGUCACAGAAAGGGCCUAAUGCCCGUGAUCCAGGUGGCUCUGAGAAGCUUGGCUGGGACACCUGAGCCUGCAGCCAGCACUCCUGCCUUAUCCCCAUUUAUCCCCAAAGCUGCCACCUCUCAGCCUCAUCCACGGUCACUUUAAGCUGAUGAGUUUUCUGUGCUUCCCCAAGAACCAGCAGGAUCAACACCGGAGGCCUCUGUGAUGGCUGUUGACUAAUCUGGGAUUUCAUGAGUCAGAAGUGCCAGCCCUUGUCCCAGCUGCCUGCUGCUUCUGAUGGAUCUUGGUGCUCAGGCUGCCCCACUCUCUGAGUGAGGCCACAGCCUCCAUAUUUAGUGCCCCGGCCCCUCCCAGCACUCAGGCAUAGCUGGGACAAGCCAGCAGCCCCAGGGUUCUUCCCUGAUGAUUCUCUCCUGCUUUCUCAUCUCCAGGGAGAUGAGAGUGGCACCUCACUUUCCGUGCUGGCAUGGAGAGAGCUAUGCCAUGUAACCUGCUGCUGAAUCCUCAGCCCCACCUCACAAACCGCCGCCCCCAGUAGAAGGCCCCAUUGGUUUCUCGGGAGGGUGUUUGUAAGGGCAGGUUCAGAUGCAGCCUUCCAGAUUUAGAGGCACUGGGAGGACAGUGGCUGAGUGGAGGUGCCCAGACCUGGGCAGGCAGCACGCUCAGGCCCACACCUUGCUAUUUUUGAAACCAAAGCCCAGAGGAUGACGUCCGCUUCCCCCUCCCUGGCUCUGCCCUUCUUGUUGCAAGCCAUGCAGUGCCUUAGGGCCCUUUUCAUAGCGGCUCCUCAUGGCCACGACUGGAACAGGGAUACAGCCUCUUUCUACACAAGCAGCUAGCUGAGAGAAGGUUUUUAGUUUUUUUUUUUUUUUUUUUUUUUUUUUUUUUUUGAGACAGAGUCUUGCUGUGUCACCCAGGCUAGAGUGCAGUGGUGCUGUCUCAGCUCACUGCAACUCUGCCUCCCAUAUCAAGUGAUGCUCAUGCCUCAGCCUCCCAAGCAGCUAAGAUUACAGGUGCCUGCCACCAUGCCCAGUUAAUUUUUGUAUUUUUAGUAGAGACGGGGGUUUCACCAUAUUGGCCAGGCUGAGCCUCAAACUCCUGACCUCAUAUCAGCCUGCCUCAGCCUCCCAAAGAGCUGGGAUUAGAGGCGUGAGUCACCAUGCCCCGUCUCUCCGUGUUACUCAGACUGGUCUCAAACUCCUGAGCUCAAGUGUGAUCCUCUUGCCUUGGCCUCCCAGAGUGCUGGGAUUACAGGCAUGAGCCACUGCACCUGGCUCACUCUCAUUUUACAUUUUCUAAUAACCAUACCUUCAUGUAUAGUUGCAAAGAAAGCCCAGAGAGGUCCUGAGUACUCUCCACCCAGAUUCCCGGUGACGGCAUCUCACAUGACUAUAAGGACAAUGUCAAAUCCAGGAGCGAGAGACUGCUGCAGUGUUCCAAGUCCAAAUACGUGUGGUCCAGUGCAUGCACAUGUGCAGUCAAGUCACACUGCAAAGGUCUCCCUCUGCUGCCCCUCAUCGGCACACAGCGCUACCACCCAUGGCCCCACAACCAUUGAUGAUUUAACAGUUUGUAAGAUGGUGACGGCAUCUUCACAUUCUGUCACUGGGAUGUUUCCAGUAAACAAAAGGUGCUGUGAUUGGCUGAGA